GCCUUUUCCAGUAGAGGGCCGUUCGAGCGCAUGCGCACAACAGCGGCUUGAGAACCCUACUCCUCCUGUCACCAGUGGCUGUCACAACAUUGAGGGGCAAAAAGACAGCAGUGUGGGCCACGAAUCAGUCUGCUGAGGACAUAGAAUGUGAUUGAAAUGGAAGCUCGGAGACAGAGUCCCUGAUUAGUCAGAAGACUGGCCGAGUGCAGUUACCAACCCAAUAGAUCCUGUCUCUGAUGAUGCAGGCAGAGGAUAGAAAGAGAAGAAAACUGAGUGUGAGUUCUGGAAAAGGCGCAUCGGAGGAAUAUUAUCUAAGAGAGCGACCAAAAGAGGACGCAACAAGGAUGAAGAACAAAGUGACAAGCACAACAGCGUCCAGUGGUAAAAAGGCGUGGUCGUGGGACCAGUACCUGGAAGAGGUGAAGGCCAUGGCAGCUCCCCCAACGCUCUUCACUGAGGACCAGUCGUUUCCCUGCAGCAAAUGUGGCUUCAAAGUGGGGAUGAGGCUGGAAGGAAUUGACCCCCUGCACCCCUCCAUGUUCUGCGUCCUGUCCGUGAGCGAGGUAAUUGGCUACCGAUUGCGGCUCCAUAUCGAUGGCUACUCUGAAUGCUAUGACUUCUGGGUAAAUGCUGACUCACCUGAUAUCAAGCCAGCUGGAUGGUGUGAGGCAACCAGACACAAGCUCCAUCCACCAAAAGGCUACAGCGAAAGUCAAUUUAACUGGGAAAAAUACCAAGAGACUUGCAAUGUUCAAGCUGCACCAAAGAAUCUGUUUAAAUCCCCAAACAGUACAACGAGCACCUCCAAGUUUCAAGUGGGUAUGAAACUGGAGGCUGUGGACAGGAAAAACCCAUGCCUGGUGUGCGUGGCGUCAGUGGCUGACACUGUGGACAAUCGCUUCCUGGUUCACUUCGACAACUGGGACGACAGCUAUGAUUACUGGUGUGAUGCCAGCAGUCCUCACAUCCACCCAGUAGGCUGGUGCCAAGAACAUGGACGACCUCUCACUGCACCUCAGGGACACCCCAAUCCAGAACAUUUCCUGUGGGAGGAGUACUUAGAAGACAGUGGUUCCAUGGCGGUUCCAAGCCAAGCGUUUUGUAUGAGAGCUCCUCACAGUUUCCAGGUGAACAUGAAACUGGAGGCGGUGGACCGGAGGAAUCCCAUGCUGGUCCGAGUGGCCUCCAUCUCAGACACAGAAGACUACAGGGUCAAGAUCCAUUUUGAUGGCUGGCAUGAGAAGUUUGACUUCUGGGUGGACUCUGACCUGCCAGACAUUCACCCAGUGGGCUGGUGUGCUCGAACCGGUCACCCUCUGGAACCCCCACACUCGAACGCAGGACCGUCUGACCUCAGGAGCUCCGUGACACAGGGAGUGUGCCCUACGCCAGGCUGCAGAGGUGUGGGCCACAUCAAAGGGGCCAAAUACACAGGACACCACAGUGCCUUUGGCUGUCCCUAUUCUGACAUCAACAUAAAGAAGGAUGUGGUGCUGCCUGACCGGCUGGGUGGUGAGAAGCAGAUCACUUUUGUCCCGGUGCACUUCGUUCAGAAGACCAAGCGGCUGUGGACCGCUGACCAACAGGAGGAAGCAGUGCCCCAUGAUGUUCCCAUGGAGACCAGGGCCAUGCUGUCUGCAUAUGACGGGGCAGUUCGUCUGAGAGGUCGACCCCCAGCCAACCCCGCUGUAAAGAGAGAGCCUAGGGAGGAACCAGACACUGCUCAGGGACAAAAACUCCUCUCUCUGGGGAGGAGGGGUCGGCAUCCCAGCAGGCUCACCCAGUCAACUAAAUAUCUGCAAGUCAAGGAGGAGGAAGAAGAGAUUGACCUGAACAGCAUGGUCACAGAGCGCAGCAUGGACAGCCUGCAGCAGGCCCUCCACCAGUCAGUGUUCCUGUCUGCCAUGUCCGCCCACCCAGGCCGGGACCUCCCCCUGUGCUGGGAGCAGCACUGCAAGUUGCUGCCUGGCGUGGCCGGAGUGCAGGCCGGCCGUGUGGCCCACUGGACCGUGGACGAGGUGGCAGACUUCAUCCACUCACUUCCCGGCUGCCAGGAACAAGCCAAGCAAUUCAAAGAGGAGCAAAUAGACGGGAAGGCAUUCCUGUUGCUGACUCAGCGUGACAUUGUCAAGAUCAUGAGUGUGAAACUUGGCCCCGCCCUCAAGAUCUACAACUCCAUCCUGAUGUUCAAGCAGGCUGAGGACAACCAAUCGGCAGCCAGCAACGCUGACACGUGAAGUAUUGGGAGCCAAACCAGUCCCUCCCACCUCACGUGUCUGUCAAACAACAUUCACUGUGUCAGUUCAUUCCAGGAUCCCCCAAACACAUGAUCCCUGCUCCCUUUUCUUGGCCUACACGCACCUCAGUUAAAGGACUUAAGCUUAAGUGAUACAUGAUGUGUCCAUCCCUAUGGACUUUCAGGUUUUGUGUGUCCGUGUGGUGUGUGUGUGUCUGUCCUGUUUGUCUCCUACCAUGGACACAGCCUCCAAAUCUGCCUUUAAUAUUCGAACAUAGGUGACAUGAAGGUCAACGCUACAAAACCCGAGUCUGCAGGUAUACAGCACAAUUUUAUAUGGAUUUUACACUAGCUUCUUCCUGCUCUACUUUUCUCCUGCAGGAUUCAAGAAGUGACAAUCACCACAAACAGUGCAACGCUGUGCACUACUACAGCAUGACAAAUGUGUGCUUUUUCUGGGUUUUCAUGAUGGUGCUAUGUGUUUCAGUAGUCUACAUCACAGAAUGGGAGUUGACCUCUGGUACCAGCUUGUGAUUACUGUCAACUGACCCAAACUGGAGUAUAUACACUCAACAUGUCUGCCAUUUUGAUUUGAUUAUAUUGAUAUUACGUCAUGUAACUCUACCUAAAUGAACUCACCUAUAUUUAUUGUAGAAAGAAUAUCUAGGUGUUUGCAGAGUCGAAGGAAAUUAAUAUAUUACACAGGUACUACACUGUAUGAGCAGAUUUUUUGGGAAAUGUCGAAAAGGGUUUUUGUUAAAAAUUUGAUAAUUUAUUUUAUUUGAUAAUAUAUUGCACAUUUGAACAAUGAAAAACUAAAGUUUUCCCAAAUGUAAAACCAUGUUAUAGUUUCGAGCUGAAGAUAAUCUUUAAAAAAUAUAUAAUUUUCUGUUAUUCUGAUGUUACAGUAUCUGUUGUAAUCUUGUUUUUUGUGACCACUGCAACUCCUAGUUCGGUAACUGUGUACAUGUUAUGUUUAUUUAUCCUUUGAUCGGUGCUCGUAGACCAGGACCAAUAUAUUUUUUUGUUCAACUUAACUUUCCUUUUUGCCAUUGGGAUUUUCUCACUGUACCGAUUGGCUGAUGGUGUUUUUCUAUUGUCAAAGAUAGCGUACUCUUAGAUAGAUAGCGUAACUAAGAGUUUAAUCUUAUGCAUUUUGCAUAACUUGGAAUUUAAGCUAUAUGUUGAUACAGCCAUGCUAAAUAAUUUGCUCUCUAGUCGUGAUAUAAACGUUGCUACAAAAUUUCAACCAAACUUAAUUGAAACUUCAGGAAUGUGGAGAAAAUGUUUACUGUACUUUCUGCUUUUUUCUAUAGGGACUUUUUCUCUAUCUCAAAAUGUCUAGCAUCUUUGAAAGUAUUUUUUUCUGAUGCUGCUCGUUUUUCACUGCUAUUUCUCACUGCUGUUUAGUGCAUGGAAAAUGUGGCUAAAUCUAGAUAUCCACCAAAUCCUAUUGGACAACUUUGUUGGAAGACCUACAGUAUGUUUUGGUGGAUGUCUUCAUAUAUCAACCUGUUGUCUAUGAAAAUAACAACAAAUUCAACUAUGAAAAUGGGAUUGUACAUAUUUGUAAACCCUAUUUCUUACACUGAAUUUACACUUUAUACAACUCAAUGGAUUCAGAUCACAGGAUUUCACAACCCAAAUAAACCGUGCAAUGUCUCUGCUGUCUACAAAUUC